CCUCGGCAAGCUGAACUUUGACCAGGGUGGGGAUGGCACUGUCGGCAGCUAGCCCUAAAUCUCCUUACAUAACUUCAUAACACUUCACGGUAGGUAGGGUAUUCGGUCUCCAAGUCUUGAAGAUGUGAACCCAGUGUUUCAUGGACAUAGCUGAGAGAAUCUGGCAGCUGUUCUGUUCCACUCAGGCACAGAGACCGCCUAUGAACCUGCGGGGCUGCAGCGCUAGCUGACUGCGCAUUGCCGGAAUGUGGAAUCCAUGAUGGCGAACUGGCGCCAAGUUUUCAACUGCUAGUCCGAGCUGUGUCGGUUUGGCCACGGACAUACGCUGAUGUCAAGCCAUUCUCUAGCUCUUUAUUGUUCACGCGCAGACUUCGUAUCCUUCCCAGUACUGUCACACCUGCAGAUACCAGGUAAAGUGAAGGAACAUGAUUCCUCUAUCAUCACUAGUGAGGGUUGAGAGAAUCGAAGAGGAGGCGGAGGAGGCCUUCACCAAGAGGCGCAGGACGCGAUGUCUGAUGAUCAUAGGAACAGUGACUCUGUUCACAGCCGGGAUUAUCGUCAUGAGCAGGGUUUCCAUGAUCGCGGGACAAAUCAUCGUCUGUUUCACCGCGCUGCUGGUGUUUCUUGUUGGUGUGUCAGCUGUUGUGUGAGUGUAAACAAAACUUGUAGACGAAACAGCGACCGGGAGUCGCGAAUCGCUGCUGUGUGUCCACAGGACAUGCAGGACUCUCUACCAGGGAUCGAGCCAGCUUGUAGCAAUCCCACCCCUCAGACUACGUUACCACCCUACACCAGUAGAGAGGACCUACCACAGUAUGAGGAAGCACCUCCGUACCACGAGCUACCACCAAUAGUGGGGUACCCUGAGCCUCAACCUAGGUACCCACAGGACCCAGAGGAGUACCGUAACAGGAGCACGUACCUAUACCCUACUGGUGUUACAACAGAGGAUUACCAACCACCACCUUCAUAUGAGGAGGCAGUGAAUUCUGCAAAAUAGAAUAGUAUAUAUGAUAGCCUAUUGAUGGAAAAUAUGUGGAACACUAACCAACCAUGAAUUAGACUAAGCUGAAAUUUUCCAAAAGUGUCAACUCAAUGACUUGUAUCAUUGAUCCAGCCAUAUUGACUGUCCCAUUGCCAAAAACGUUGUAUCACGUAUGUAUUAUUACACAUAACAUGUGUAUAACAUGACAUUUUCUUGUAAAUGUAAUAGAAAGAAGUAAGCAGGUACAAAACAUAAUAUUGAUAUGUGUAGACAUAUGUAACAUUUUGUUAUUCUCAGUGAAAAAUGUUUUAACCCAUAAUAAUGUUUUAAAAUGUAAAUUCUAUUCAAAUUUUGUACUUACAACUGCAAUAAAAUAUGCAAUAUUUCUACAUA